GAUACUGAGGCUGAAGACCAUCACAGGGACUGUGAAGCUUGUAGGAAUGCUACUCUGCCUUGGUGGUGCCCUGACCCUGGCCUUUUUCAAGGGUCCCCAUUUUAAACUUGUGUGUUUCCAUCACCUUUUUGGGCCCUCCCAAGCCCAACAAAAUCAUGGUCAAGCCUCCUCUGGCCAGACUUGGAUAAAGGGCUGCUUCCUCAUGCUCACGUCCAACUCCUGUUGGGCCCUGUGGCUCGUACUUCAGGGUCAAGUUAUGAAAGGCUACCCUUCUAAGCUUCUUUUUACCACUCUUCAGUGCUUCUUGACCACAAUUCAAUCUUUUGCUAUUGCCAUUGCAUUGGAAAGAAACCCUUCUGAGUGGAGAUUGGGAUGGAAUAUCAGACUCCUUGCAGUCUCUUACUGUGGAAUUAUGGUGACUGGAGUUGCAUUCUACUUACAAGCGUGGGUUAUUGAGAGGAAAGGGCCAGUGUUCUUGUCCAUGGCAACUCCAUUGAAUUUUAUCUUUACAACAUUCUGUUCAGCUGUUCUGUUAUGUGAGGUCAUCAGAUUAGGAAGCAUUUUAGGUGGGGUGUUGUUGAUUGGGGGACUUUAUAGUGUUUUAUGGGGGAAGACCAAAGAACAGAAAAUGGAAGAAGGGAAUUGUUUACCAGCUGCUGAUGGGUGAGAACUGAGGAAGCAUGCUCAGAAAUGGAAGUAAUGCCAACCUGAACUGGAGGGGCAGGAAAAUUAAAUUUCUUAACUUGUUUUAUUACAAAUGUAUUUUCUCCUCUCUAUCAAUUUGAAAUAUCAAUUUGAAAAGGGAAAUGAGAAUGGGAUGAGGUUUGUGUUGUGGAAUGUAGGUACUAGUAGAGGUGGGCAUUCGAGUAGGUAACCGAAUGGUCACUCGAAAAUUGAAUCAAAAAAAUAAAUUUAGUUUGAUUUC